CGUCUGCACCCAUCCAUCCAUCCAUCCAUUCAUUCCAUCCGUGCGUGUCGCCGCGCUAUUGUAGUUAUAGACCACCCUCCGGAAUCCCCUCCCAGGCUCCUCCCUCCCUCCCUCCGUCCAACCCCAACCGGAGCCCAGGGAGCGGUGACGCGGGUGUGUCCGUGGCGGAGGCGGGUGGGCGCGCCAUGGACGUGGGCAGCAUCGAGUGCGUCUCGCUCCCCGACGCCGCCCCAACGGACGUGGACGCCGCCGGCCCCGGCCUCGGCACGCUCCUCGCUGCAGCCGCCGCCGCCUCCCGGGCCUACGCUAAGGGCAGCAGCGCGGGCGGCGUGCACGAGCUGCUCGAGUGCCCCGUCUGCACCAACUCCAUGUUCCCGCCGAUCCACCAGUGCCAAAAUGGACAUACAUUGUGUUCCACAUGCAAGGCUAGAGUACACAAUCGUUGCCCUACGUGCAGACAAGAGCUUGGUGAUAUCAGGUGUUUGGCACUGGAGAAAGUAGCCGAGUCGCUUGAGCUUCCCUGUAAGUACUGCUCUCUGGGGUGCCAAGAAAUCUUCCCAUACUACAGCAAGAUAAAACACGAAGCGCAGUGCAGCUUUAGACCAUAUAAUUGCCCCUACGCUGGCUCAGAGUGUGCCGCGGCUGGUGAUAUCCCUUAUCUUGUUUCCCAUUUGAGGGAUGUUCACAAAGUUGAUAUGCAUAGUGGCUGCACAUUCAACCACAGAUACGUCAAAUCGAACCCACGAGAAGUUGAAAAUGCCACCUGGAUGCUGACGGUGUUUCAUUGUUUUGGGCAGUACUUCUGCCUGCACUUUGAGGCCUUCCAGCUUGGGAUGGCACCAGUAUACAUGGCCUUCCUCCGUUUCAUGGGGGACGAGAAUGAGGCGAAGAACUACAGCUACAGCCUUGAGGUGGGUGCCAAUGGCAGGAAGAUGGUAUGGGAGGGCACCCCCAGGAGCGUCCGCGACAGCCACCGGAAGGUGCGGGACAGCCACGACGGCCUCAUCAUCCAGAGGAACAUGGCGCUGUUCUUCUCGGGGGGUGACCGGAAGGAGCUGAAGCUCAGGAUUACCGGCCGGAUCUGGAAAGAGCAGCAGACCCCAGACGACGCCUGUAUACCCAAUCUCAGUAGCUAAGCAGUGCUCUCUUUAAAAGGAAGGCUGCUAAUUGGCUGGAUAAAUUGUCUAUCCCGUUGCCAUACCUCACUGCUCUUGUGGUUGGGGGGCAAUGUUUGGUGUUGUAUCUUUGCUAAGCAACAUAAGGGGGGUAGGAUGCUCCUGUAAAUGAAAUUGUGCAUAUGGCAUCCCGUACCUUACAGGUGGGCUGAUCAAGCUCCCUGCUGCCUUCA